AUGGCCAGCAUGGCGGCCACUAAGGAGGCACCUCACAUGGGCAUGGAGGCGCGCUUGCCUCGAACCCCUGCGGGGCAGACGAAGUCCAAGAACUCACAGAUUUGGAAGGGCUUUGUGCAGGGUUCAGUGGGUGCAGCCAUCGGUGGAGCCUGCGCGCAUCCGUUGGAUCUCAUCAAGGUGCGAAUGCAGCUUCAGGCUGAAGGCACGAAACUCAACAUGCUCCAGAUGGGCCCUCACAUCGUGCGAAACGAAGGCCCUUUGGGUCUCUUCAAAGGUGUCGAUGCCUCCAUGGCCCGGCAGUUGGUCUAUAGCGGUGUCAGAUUUGGCAUGUACGACAUGCUAAAGGGCUUCUGUGGAGAAUCUCAGCGUCCACUCACUACCAUUGAGAAGGUGCUUUGCGCCGCCGCAGCCGGCGCCACUGGCGCCUUCGCCGGGAACCCGGGCGACUUGGCGAUGGUACGCAUGCAGGCGGACGGAAAGCUUCCACCCGAGCAGCGUCGUGGAUACAGGAACAUCUUUGAUGCCGUGGGCAAGAUUGCUCGACAAGAAGGUGUGCUGUCCAUGUGGCGAACAGGUGUUGUUCCCAACAUGAACCGAGCCACGAUUAUCACAGUUGGGCAACUCGCGGCCUAUGAUACCUGCAAAGAGCUUUUCGUAGAUUACCUGGGCAUGAAGGAGGGUGUACAGCUGCAUUUGUCCUCCAGCUUUGGCGCUGCAUUUAUUGCCUCAGUGAUGUCUAAUCCCGUGGACGUUGCCAAGACGCGUCUCAUGAACCAGCGGUCAGAGGAGGGCAAACCCUUGCUCUACAAGAGCACUGUCCAGACCAUGACUACCAUCGUGCAACAGGAAGGGCCUUUGGCGCUCUACAAGGGCUUCGCAGCAACCUUUGCGCGACAGUGCCCUUACGUCGUAAUCACCUGGGUCACCGUGGAAAGACUGAAGAAGAUCAUGAAAGACUGGUAUGAGGGUAUGGGCUUAAUCAGCAGUUUCUUUUCCAGGGAGCAGGCUCUCAAUGCGCAGAAAAGG